CACAGGGGGAGAUUUUACGCAGAGAGUGGGGUCAGUAAAUCAUCUUUUUUUUUUCCCACCACCACAUGUUGGCGGUUUCAUAACAGCUCAGAGAAUGUCAGGUCACCGCGCUACUUUGCCAGGUACUUCCCACAACACAACAGCUUCGUUUGCGCCGCAUGAAGCGAUAUAGUUUGAGUUUUAUCUCACCUGCUGGACUCGAACCACCAGUGUUUAUCGCCUCUGCACUGGAAAUGAGAUGGGAGGCUGCGCGCAGUUUCAUGCAUGAAGCCUGGAUCUGUCACACGAGUUCCUCCUCCGUCUCCACAAAUCACUCGUCGAUUCAUUACUUUCAGAUUCCUAUAAGCCUAUACUGGGAGUUACACAGGGCGUAGUAUACAGCAGUUGCAGGAGCAGUCACUUUGGCUUAGUGUCUCCCACACUGUUGUUGUGCCGGCGCAGGGCCAGUGAAGGAUGAUGAUUUCUGUACUGUACAAGCGAGGCGCUGCAGGGGCCCCUAACGCUUGUCUCUGUGGGACACACGGCACUGACCCUCCUGGUGUAGCCGAGAAGGACUCUUGUCUCACCCAGGCACACACAAGCGGGAUGCGCAAGUCGCCCGACGUGAGCCCCAGAAGGCUUUCGGACAUCAGCCCUCAGCUCAGACAGCUCAAGUACCUGGUGGUGGACGAGGCCAUCAAGGAGGACCUCAAGUCCUCCCGCUCAGUCGAGGACAUCAACAGCGCGUCCAUAGAGGAGCGGAUACUGAGGAUCACCGGGUAUUAUGGAUACCAGCCCUGGAGUGCGAGCUACAAGAGAGAAGAGCGCACCAGGGAGAAUGUGGUGGGCACCACAGACCCACAGUCGACCGGCGGCGCGGCAGGAGCAGAGGCCGGCUCCAGCAGACGGAGGCUCCACUGCUGCAUCAGAGUAACAACUGUGCAGGUACGCAAGGCCCUGUGGGGAGUCGCCAUGGUGAUGUGCGUGUGCUCGUCCUGGGCUGGGUCCACCCAGCUGGCCAAGCUGACCUUCAAGCAGUUUGACGCCCCCUUCACCCUCACCUGGUUCGCCACCACCUGGAACUGCCUCUUCUUCCCCCUCUAUUACAUCGGCCACCUGUGCAAGAGUCCAGAGAGGCAGACGCCCAGACAGAGAUUCAGGGAGUGCUGUAGGUUUUUUGGGGACGAUGGGCUGACGCCCAAGGUGUUUUUCACCAAGGUGGCUCCGUUUGGCCUGCUGUGGAUCCUCACCAACUACCUGUACCUGCAGGCCCUCAGGAAGAUCAACACAACAGACGUGUCAGCGCUCUUCUGUUGUAACAAGGCCUUCGUCUUCCUGCUGUCUUGGAUUGUACUCAGAGACCGCUUCAUGGGGGUCAGGAUCGUUGCUGCUAUCUUGGCCAUAGCAGGCAUUGUGAUGAUGACCUACGCCGAUGGGUUCCACAGCCACUCGGUCAUCGGCAUUACGUUCGUGGUGGCCUCCGCUUCGAUGUCAGCGCUCUACAAGGUGCUCUUUAAGAUGGUCCUCGGCAGUGCCAAAUUCGGAGAGGCGGCACUCUUUCUGAGCAUCGUCGGCAGCGCCAACUUUGUUUUCAUCAGUUUCGUGCCGGUCAUCUUGUAUUUUACACGCGUGGAGUACAUUGGCUCGCCUGCAGACAUCCCCUGGGCCUACCUCUGUGGGGUUGCAGGCCUGCUGUUCGCUUUCAACGUGCUGGUGAACUUUGGCAUCGCAAUAACAUACCCUACAUUAAUCUCCCUCGGAAUCGUCCUAAGUGUUCCUGUCAAUGCCAUGGUGGACCUCUACACGUGCGAAAUCCACUUCAACACAGUGCGCCUCAUCGCUGUGUUCAUCAUCUGCCUGGGGUUCCUCAUGCUGCUGUUACCUGAGGACUGGGACCAGUGCAUUAUCCAGCUCAGCACGAGGCUGCGCAAACGUGACGAGCCAGCGGAGAGCGGCGCCGAGGCGGGCGCCACCACGGGGCUCAACUGGAGAGGGAGAGCCAGGACCUCCAUGUCAACAUUUGCACAUUGACUCCAUGAAAUAUGACCAUGCAAACACACACACACAGACAGAUAGACACAGGGAGGGAGACAUACUAACACCUGUUAGUGUUUAUGUCAGGACAUGUGACCUGCCCUCGGAUCAGUAACAUUUCGACCUGGGGGGGAUAUAGGAGGCGAAGACUGUGCACCAUCCAUUUGGCGUGGUGCAUGGACUCAUAUCAAUUGUAAUCCUUCUUACCCCCCAAAAAAUGAUCAGGUAUAACUGAUUGCGUUAUGUUUUGUUUUUUGCUGUACCUCUUAAUCAUUCCAUUUCACGACAUCCUUGCGCCUGGGAGCGACUUGCCAACUUGCCUGAUAUUUUUCAGCUCUGAGAAACAAGACAAACACUUUUCGAGGCAGGUCAAAACACGCUGUGGACUUUGUCUCUAACAUGUACACAUUUACACACCUUUAAGAUCCAAAGAAGAAUGCCUAAAAUGCUGAAUGCCUGAAAACAAAAAAGGGAGGCCCGCAGCGGCGUCCCUCAGGUGUAGACUUAAUGACAAAUACCUGCCUUUCAUGCACUGUACAUAGCUGUGUUUCACACCUUGGAUGUCCUCGAGCUGUGGACCCAGUAGGCUCAUCUGGUGUGAGGGGACCUGUCUGGACAUCUGAGGAUCAAUCUGAGCUGGAGAAGCUUUCACAACGCCUCACUGUGUUCAUCCUGGCCCCCCUGUGGUUAUGUGCUUUCCUCGGGGCUGAGCUCCCACUCUUUCGAUGCUGAAACCCAUUGCUCAGGCCCAAAGUUUAGUCACGGCAGAUCUAAAACCAGUAUCUCUGACCCCAUUUACAAGUGGUAUUAAAAUGAUCUCCAGAUUUCCAGAUAUGUUAUCCAAGUGGCUCGCAUUAUGUUCAAAAAAUAGGUUUUGUUUUUCUCAAAUUCAGAGUGUGGCUAAGCAGGAACUACUGAUUAGACAUCUAUUCUGUGGCAUGGAAGAUGCAUUAUUCAAUGGAACUGUGUGUAAAAAUGAAAGCAAUACUAGUGUGAAAUGAAUGACAUGCCCUCGCGUUUAAUAGUGUGUGAUGUACUCAUCUGUGCAGCUGAUCUGCCGGUUCUGAGGCAUAUCAUUUAUCAAAUGACAGAGUAGCCUACAGGCCUGUGCUGACACGGUUAGGAGUAUUACAUCCGCCGAAUUUACAAGAGGGGAUACGUAAUGAAGAGCUUGUUGUUCAGAGCGAUCCACAAAGGUUAAGAAGUUUCCCCUGACUCGAAAACUCACAAAAAGCUGUGUUUUUUUUUAAGGGGAUCUGGUGCUGAUUUGAGUGAGGACUACAAGAACCGAUUUAAAGUAGCAGGUGUAAACACAAAGGAAAGAUCUGAUUGUUUUCAGUCCGCAUAAACUAACAUUUUAAUACCAGGUGUAAAUGGGGUGUUUUCAAUGCAUGAGAUAUGUGAGUAAAACAGUGUGAGUGAGUGCUUUCAGUGUAUCUACUGUGCACUUGCCUCACAUUUUCUGUUGCCUGGCAACAAAAAGUGAAAAAAAAAAAUGUUAUUAACCGAGCAAUACAGGAAAAACAUGUAUUUACAGCUGUUGUCAUUAUGUAUCAGAUUGGCUGUUCAAACUAUGACGUAACCUAUUCUUUCUUUUUUUUUUUUAACAAUGACCGCUUCAGGCUAAAAGAACGAACAGCUUAUAAUAUGACAGACAGGCUUUGUGAAAAACUUUGAACUACCCCUUUAAUAUCGUUGAACAUUACCCAUAGCUAUUGCUGAGCCUCCCUUUGAAUUCUUCUCACAUUUAACGUUCUAGACUCGUAUGCACACUAAUCUAAACUAAUCAUUUUUUUCCCGGAGAAAAUAACGGACAGUGGAUGGAAAACCUGUCUCACUGUGGCUUGGGGAGCGGUGUGUCGACACAUAAGAAUGGCUCACUUUUUUUUUUUUCCACCUCUGCCACAUUUGUCCAAAAAAAAAGAAAAAAAAAAAAACACAAGUCUUUCUAUGUCUGUUUUUCAUGAAUCACAUUUCUGAGGCAAGUUAACAGCCGAGACGAACCCGAGAGCAAAAAGAGGCGCACGCCUUGGUGAAGCGACUGGUGGAAACUCUGCCUUGCUGCGAAUGUAUGAACAUCACUCGACCACACACGCUCGCUAUCUGUUUUUUACAGCGCCACCACAGACUGCUGCAGAGAGACUCUUUAAUACUAUCCGUUCUUGUACUCAUCUGACCGAGUUGCAUUUUUUCGGAACAAGCUCUUGACACACCGUACAGGACUUUUGUUUUUUUUAAUAUUUUUGCAUUUUGUUGCUUACUAACCUCGAGGGGACAGUGAGUGACUUCUGCAGGACGAGCAUGCACAUACUGUACGAGCAGAUACAGCUGACAAAGUCCACUUCACUGCCUUUUCUUUGUUUUGCAAUAGAGUACAAUAGCACUGUUUCCCAUUGUCAUUCUCUAUGACAAUAAAUAAUAAUAUUGUAUUCCUCUGGAAUUAUUGCUAGACAUAAAUGUAAACCUUUGUAAGGAAUGAUGAUUUUUACACUGAGAUGCAACAUAUGAUUAUCACAACUGAGGCGGAAACAUAUUUAGAGCGUGAAUAAACAAUGGCUUUGUUAGAUCUACUGUUGGGUGUCUUUGAGUGUAAUCACAUGUACUAUAUAAAAGAUUUCUUUUCAAUACA